UUCCACUCCACGCGCAAGAUGUCGUACUCGGGUCUCGCCUCGCUGCAAUGGUACUUUACAGGUCUCUGCCACUACGGCGCGCGCGGCUACCGCAAGGCGUCGACCACGUGGGUCGAGACGCCCGUCGACGUCUCGUCGCGCCACUACGCCGUGACCGGCGCCAACAGCGGCCUUGGCUUUGCGAUCGCGACCCAGCUCGCGCAGCUCGGCGCGCAUGUGCAUUUGGUCUGUCGCGACGCGGGCCGCGCCGAGGCUGCGCGCAAGGCCAUCGUCGACGUCUCGUCGCACGACCCGACCAAAGUACACGUGCACCUCGGCGACCUCGGCAAGCAAAAGGACGUGCAUACGAUCGCCGCGUCUCUGGCGGCUGCCGCGCCGUCUCUUGAUGGCCUUGUCAACAAUGCAGGCAUGCUGGCGAAGGAGGCAGUCUUUACUGAAGACGACGUCGAGUCCUCGAUGGCCGUCGCGAUCAACGGCACGUACCUCCUCACGGCGCUGCUCCUUCCGCAGCUGCGCAACCAUGCGGACGGCGCGAUUGGCCGCGUUGUCAACAUGUCGAGCGGCGGCCAGUACCUCGGGAGUUUGGACCUCGUCGACGUGCGCGGCAAGACCCGCGCUGGCGACAAGUUUGACGGGACGCUCGCCUACAUGCUGGCGAAGAAGACUCAAGUCGCGCUGACGAUGGAGUUUGCCAAGCGGUUUCCGCUCGGACAGGACAAGAUUGCGUUCCACGCGAUGAACCCGGGCUGGGCGACGACGCCAGGGACAACGAGCUCGAUCGGCGGCUUUACGCGCCUCCACGGAUGGAUGAUGCGAACGCCUGAGCAGGGCGCAGACACGGCGGUCUGGCUCUGCACGGCGCCGGAGCCAGCCACGUCAUCGGGGCUGUUCUGGCUCGACCGUCGCGUUGUGCCCACCGAGAUGUCGUGGGCCUCGACCGCGCACACGGAGGCCGACCGCAGCACGCUCUGGGCGCGCGUGGCUGAGAUUUGCGGCCGCGACGCUGGUACCGCGUAAGCCUGAGUUUUCUUAGUCUCAUAUUUUAACCAUUUAUGCCCGAGUUUGACG